AUGCCAGACCUUGAUCCUCCUCCUCGCACUUACCUGUCGACGUCUCAUAAACGUCAAAACCAAUGGCAACGGUGGUCGAAUGACGUCAUCCCGCUCCUCAUAGAUAUAUACGCCAAUUACAUGGCAGGGACAGAUGGUCUUCGCAAUCCCACUGCAUUAGACAUGGACCCCAAUAGUGAUGUGACCUGUUCUUGUCGCAAACGGGUCAUCCCAGUCUUAUCUUUGACGCGCCUUCAUCUGCCUAUCUGCCAGUGUCGGUCUGCCCCUGUUCGCCUGCUUGCAAAAGGGUUUUUUGCAUGCGCCCCGUUGACCCCUUCCAUGGCAGUCGAUAUCUGUUUGCUAGAAUUCGUACGGCUUCUCUUCACGAGACUCAUGCCAAACACAACCGGGUGGUGCGAGGCGUUGGAAGCGUUCAUGUUUGGUCUUCGUUACAAGCUAGAAACCCGGGAGAACCUUCGGAGGCGGUUCGCCAAUGCCCUCCACUGGUACUCAAUCCUCCGGCUUUCAACUCGAGAUGCUGUCAACCGCUUGAUCAACGGCUAUAGGCCGUCACUUCCUCCUAACGCACCGUCGGCAUAUCUUCGGUCUCGCUGUCCCCUUUGCUUUGAUGGAUCAGUGACGCGCGUGGAAGGGGAGCCCGAUUACAUUGUGUGUCUAGAUGCAUGUUUUACACAGAAGCGUACUCGCAAUCCUCGCCAAGCAGAUACGGACGAUCCAGGUAAUCCUACUGACACUUUUUUCUUAACCAAAGGUGAAGUUUCGGCCAUGGAAGAACGUGUGGAAUCUCUUCGCCCGACGCGUUCUCAAGGGAAGGGUACCGUGGCGCCCUCUAACGAUAAACUUGAAGAGGGUAUGCGAGUCCCUACUUCGGUUUUGGAUGGGUGUAAUGACGCCUUUGUGGCGGCUGAUGAAAAACGAACAAAGGCCAGUACCCGCCUUUUUGCCGAUACCGGACUCAUGGCGCUGGUUUGUAGGCAUGAUCGGGUCCUAUGGUUCUGCAAUAUGACGUCGCCCGGGGAGAAACAACAUUACGCCCUCGCGCUCCUUGAGAAGCUGUUCAAGCAUCUCCCUGCAAAGAGCACCGUCGGCGCACUUUAUGACGUUGCUUGUCAGUUAGAGAGAAGUUGUCGCAAGUUUGGACUCCUUCCCGCAGACAUCCUGUCGAGGUUGUCCUUCGCAGUGUCUGUAUUCCAUGCCUACGGUCAUCAGUGGCCAUGUCAGCUCGUUUAUCAUCCACGCAAGCGAGACGGGUUUGGUUUCUCAGACGGAGAAGGUUGUGAAAGACUUUGGAGCGCUCUCAAGUUCCUUAUCUCUGUCUUGCGAGUUUCUGGAUUCAAUCAACGUCUCUUCGUGCUUGACAACCAAGUCAGACAUCUCGACGAAAAACUUGCGCUUAAGUACGGCGAAUGGUUACGCACAAAGUGGGCCAACUGCCAGUCAAGGAAGGCGCAUGCUCUCGCGGGUGUACUAGCGUCGAGGAAGACCCGUGCGCAGCUGAGCGCAGCGUGGAUGGAUCAGGUCCAGUAUCAGACACGACCACUCCCUCGAAAUGUUCGUGCUGCGUAUGAAGCAGACUUCGCGAAGCUUCUGGCGCUCGAGAACACCGUAAAGACGCACAAAGCAGAUGUCCAAGCUUUGGAGCGCUGGCUCGUCUCCGAUAGCGCCGGAGAUCCAGUCGACAUCAAUACUCAGCUGAUGACGGCUCGGGACUCGCUCACCAAGUCAACUGAAACCUUGCGUCGUCGAGUCGCAUCUCUCGGCGCCCCGGCUCGUACUGAGUUUCGCAAGCUGAAGAAUGACGUGUAUCUUCAAGCGCGUAUGGAAGCUCUCGCCAUCAAGACUCGUAUCCGCGAACGCUUGCGCCAACGCAAGUUUGAGAUGUCGAGGGUUGUUGAUAGACCUUAUCGCCCAUCACAUAACGAGGAUAACCUUGCUAUGAACAUUGAAACGUCACUGAAGAAACGAGAGCCCGCUAUCAAACGUUUAGUCACGCGCUACAAUUCGCUAUGCUCCGACCUUGAGCGGAUGAUAAAGGUUGGCAAGGCACCCCGCGGAAGUAAGCCGCCCUCGCGGCUGGUCACCGAAUCCAUAUGGAACCUGGACGUUGACGACGAUAUAUGGAGGGAUGUAGGGUUAAUUGAAGACCUUGAGGCCCCGCCGGACUGGCUCUCAAGCGAACAAGUUCGAUCAGGGAUCCGCUCGGCCUUGGAGCUAGCCCGGUGUGAAGAGGAAGAGCGCAGGCUAUUGCGCGAACGCGACGGCAUGCAGAUAUGGUUUGCUGAUGAAUGGAAGGCGGUCAAUGAUGCAUGCGCGAGUCCUGAUUCCCACAUGCAUCACUUCUUCCGACGCCAAAAGGCUGAGUUGACGCUGUUAUAUUCUGAGUGGGAGCCUAAGGUACGCCAUAUCCCAUCUAAGGUGUCGGCACCAUGGGGCCCUAGUGCCGAGGAUAUUGCAAGAGUGCAGGAAGACGUUUUCUUACCAGAAGUUGGAGAUCCCGAAUUGAGGGAAACGCUACAGGGUGGGGGAGACAAACCAAGUGACGAGCAAUGCGGUGAGGAUGAGGAUGGAGAUGAGGAUGGCGAGGGUGAGGGCGAGGGUGAGGGCGAGGGCGAGGGCGAGGGUGAGGGCGAGGGCGAGGGUGAAGGCGAGGAGGACGGUAAUAUGUUUAGUGUUGAUGAUGAGGAUGGGGAUGACGGGUGGGAGGAUGACAUGGACAUGGACCAAGGUGAUGCCAUUGCCGCGCUGGAAGAUAUGGCAAUUAUAAAGGAGUUUGAGAUGGAUGACUCGGACGAGGAUUUCUUCGAAGAGGCUAAUCCUGCCUUCUUGCCUUCGUCUCCUAUUCUACCUUCUAGAAAGCGGAUGAGAACCUAA